AUGUUCUCCCCGUGACUGCGUGGGUUCCCUCCGGGUACUCCGGCUUCCUCCCACUUCCAAAGACAUGCACCUGGGGAUAAGUUGAUUGGCAACACUAAAAAUUGGCCCUAGUGUGUGGAUGUGAGUGUGAAUGUUGUCUGUCUAUCUGUGUUGGCCCUGCGAUGAGGUGGCGACUUGUCCAGGGUGUACCCCGCCUUCCGCCCGAUUGUAGCUGAGAUAGGCUCCAGCGCCCCCCGCGACCCCAAAGGGAAUAAGCGGUAGAAAAUGGAUGGAUGGAUGGAUGGAUGCUUGGUUGGUAGAGUGGCCGUGCCAGCAACUUGAGGGUUCCAGGUUCGAUCCCCGCUUCCGCCAUCCUAGUCACUGCCGUUGUGUCCUUGGACAAGACACUUUACCUACCUGCUCCCAGUGCCACCCACACUGGUUUAAAUGUAACUUAGAUAUUGGGUUUCACUGAGUAAAAGUGUUUAAAGUCACUAGAGAAAAGCGCUAUAUAAAUAUAAUUCACUUCACGCACACACAAAGAUAUAGGCAAAUUCUUACUGUUGAGAGUUGCGAAGGUCCCGGAUGUUACUGUAGCUCAUCUCUAGAUGUCGUCUUCUUCACGCACUAAUGUUUGCAACCCAGCGCCCAGGAGGCUCUCCUCCGUGACUGAACUGGGAAAAUAUUACUUUGCUGCAUUAUUGCUUUACUACUGAAUUAACGUACUACAGUAUUGCUUUAAUGCCUUCUUCACUCACAAUAUGAAGCUGCUCACCGCCGUUAUUUCUAACUGCGGGGAAAGUUUCCUUCAGAAGGAAGAUGUCUUUGAGACAAAGCGAUCUUUCCUCCGGUCGGUCUUUUUCUGCCUCUAAAAGCAAUCAUGGACGGAUAGACGUUUCAGCGCGGCGCAAAGUCCAUGGGGGAGUUCAUCGAACUCCAGGACCUGAGGCCAGGUGAGAAUCACGUCCGAUUGGCGGCCGCACAUUCGCCAUGCUGGCCUCCGCGUCUGGAGAGAGCCAACGCCCUGAGGAUCAGCCCGGGGAAGGUCCCGGAUAUGCUGAGCCGAGUGGGCAUCAUCCGCAUCCUGAGCAGCUCUGAGCUGGACCACCACCUCACGGAGGAGACGGGAGCAGGUCAUGACUUUCAACCCUGCAGCCACGCUCAGCCCACCUGGUGUGACCUGUGUGGAGACUUCAUCUGGGGUCUCUACAAGCAGAGCCUGCGCUGUGCCAAUUGCAAGUUCACAUGUCACUACCGCUGCCGUCCGCUCAUCCGCUUAGACUGCAGCUGGGACCGAGGCUGCGACCAUGCGUGUGUGGUAGAGCUCACCAUAGAAACUGACACAAAUGUGGAUGAAGCGACCGAGUGUGGUAAGCAGGAGUUGAGCACAGGCGACGUUCAGAAGCAGGUGAAGGAGUACAACUCCCAGAUCAACAGCAACCUCUUCAUGCACAUGAACAAGGAUGGAUCAUACAUCGGCUUCAUUAAAGUGCAGUUCAAGCUGGCACGGCCCGUGUCCGUCUCUCCUUCCCAAAAGAAGGCGUUAAGCGAGAAGAGGCGCAGCGGAGUCAAGCGCCGCACCUCCUUCUACCUGCCGAAGGACACGUCCAAGCACCUUCACAUCAGCUCGCACACGUCUGCUCGCGAGGUCAUCGAGGCUCUGCUGAAGAAGUUCACCGUCGUGGACAACCCCGCUAAGUUUGCUCUGUUUGAGCGUCGGGAACGUCACGAACAAGUUUACAUCCGUAAGAUGUCUGAUACCGAGCGGCCCCUCCCCCUGCGACUGAGCGCUGGACCCAGCCAGAAAGUUCUCAGCUUUGUGCUCAAAGAGAACGAAACUGGUGACGUCAACUGGCACGCCUUCUCCAUGCCCGAACUCAACAACUUCCUGCGCAUUCUGCAGCGCGAGGAAGAGGAGCACGUCAAGCAGAUCAUGCAAAAAUACGCUGCAGCUCGAGCCAAGAUGCGGGACGCCCUGCAAGGCUCCACGCCCGGAUGACGAGCACCUGUCAUGGAUCCAUGUGACGUCUUCAAAGAAUCCAAGCGCCUCUUGGUUGAACGAGUGUGAAAGGGCACGAGCGAAAGAGAGACGAUGAAAGCGAGCCAGAGCUGGCGCGGGAUGUGCGUGUGAAGUGAUGCGAGAUAUGAGCAGUGCCUUCCACCUGGAGAGUCUGACGUGCCUGAGAGAAUGGGUUGAGAGGAAGGAGGAGCGGCGGAACACACGGUGGAUGUUGGCGUCGGCGUCGGCUAGCUGACGAUUUGCAGUUUUAACGAUGCCACGUCCUCGAAGCCGCAACGUGUGUUCACGCCCUCCCUGCAACUCUUACUAGUCUUGUUGUUUUGCACGGUGUCAAAGGUCACACAGGUUGACUGUGAUUGUGAAUGCAUUUGUAUGUAUUGUACCUACUUCAAUGUUUUGUAUUGUCACUCAAAUCUAUCAUGUCACUUUCUAUAUUUGUGUUUAUGCACAAGGCCAAUCAUCAGUCCUGCUGCUAAAAUAGUCUUCUAUAUUGUCAUAAUGAUACCAUGAACUGAUUAACAUGGACCCCAACUUAAACAAGUUGAAAAACUUAUUUGGGUGUUACCAUUUAGUGGUCAAUUGUACGGAAUAUGUACUGUACUGGCAGAGGGGUUAGUGCGUCUGCCUCACAAUACAAAGGUCCUGAUUUUAAUCCCGGGCUCGGGAUCUUCCUGCGUGGAGUUUGCAUGUUCUCCCCGUGACUGCGUGGGUUCCCUCCGGGUACUCCGGCUUCCUCCCACCUCCAAAAACAUGCACCUGGGGAUGGGUUGAUUGGCAACACUAAAUUGGCCCUAAUGUGAGAAUGUGAGUGUGAAUGUUGUCUGUCUUUCUGUGUUGGCCCUGCGAUGAGGUGGCGACUUGUCCAGGGUGUACCCCGCCUUCCGCCCGAUUGUAGCUGAGAUAGGCUCCAGCACCCCCCGUGACCCUGAAGGGAAUAAGCGGUAGAAAAUGGAUGGAUGGAUGUACUGUACUGUGUACAAUCUACUAAUACAAGUUUCAAUCAAUCAAUCAAUGAAUAUCAAAAUAUGGUUAGCAGGGCUGGUCUAAAUUGGUGACAACAAGUGCACUUUUCACAGUUAUUCAAAUGUGCACUACUUUCAAUAAACACACUUGUCUAUAAA